AUGAUCGCUUCGGCAUGGGUCAAGCAGUCCAUUGUGACCGUGCUAUGCCUACUUGGUAUCCCAUCAUACCUCUCGGCCCCAAAGCCUAUCUCCAUCUCGCUCGACGGUGAAUCCUCCAUUACGGUCCCGGCAAAUCGCGCCACGAUAGUGCUACGUAUUCAUUCAGAAGGCCAAAACCAAGUCAAGGUUGCAGACGAAGUGCGCAAAACUGCCGAUGAGAUCAUCAGUACAUUGAGGCCUCUAGCACAGGUGACAUCUCAGUCACAAGUCUCCGACGGCCCCAUCAAUAACGUGACAACCGAAAAAAUCGAAAUCCUUGAAGCCGCAAUCGUCGACUUCUCUGUGACAUCCUUCCGCAGCCACUCAUACCGCAAGACGGGCUCGUUUCUCACCUCGGAUACCCCGCAAUACGAAGCCACCAUUGGAAUAUCGGCCGAGUUUCGCUCUUUCGAUGCCCUGGGCAUUCUCCUCGCUCAAAUCAGCAAAAUCCCCUUCGUCACCAUCCGCUCUCUAAAAUGGACUCUUGACGCCACGACACGCCGAAACCUCCUCAUCCAGUGCCGCGAACAAGCCAUGGUCGAUGCUCUGGAGAAAGUUCACGCCUACGUCCGUCCUCUGGGCAUGGACAAAGUGCGGGCCAUCCGUGUAAGGGAGACUUAUCACCACAAUGACGACGUCGUUAUGGCUGAUCUGUUUGAUCCGAGGGUUCGGCGUCAAAUUCAGCCUGACGAAUUUGCAAGUGGCGGUGGUGAGGGAGAGAAUGACGAAGAGUCCGUGGAUACGAUGAAGCUGGAGCCUCGCAAGCUGAAAAUUGAGGCGCAUUUGGAUGGAGAGUUUUGCGCGUGGAAGACAGGCCUGGAGGCUUGGUUCCGCAGAGGUGGUGUUUCGCCUAUGCAGCUCCGGGGAUGA